GUCAUUAGCAACAACAAACGCACCCGCUUAAAUGACCGCGGAGCUCAGCUGCGCGCUCUCGUUGUUUCGCUUUGACUGAUGCGCACAUUUAGUUUGUAGCCGCUGGGUGAGGGACAGCUGACGACGGUAAACUACCGCGUUGUUUAUCAGCUGCUCGCUUACUGCUCUCGUCCUCCGCAACAUUAACGUUAGCUUAGCAUUGCUAACAGUGCGCUACGUUGUGGCAUGCAUGUGAAUGGGAGCGCUGUUCCUCUUUGCGUGUACCAAAAGAGGUAGUUCUGCUUUUAUCGGCCAGCCCAGUGGAUGAUAAAUCCUCAGAGACUUUCCGUAAAACACUCACAAACUGCUAUGGAGCCGACAGCGGGCUGUGUGGACAUAGGCAGCCUGACCAGCACCUUGCCGGUGAUCCCCCAGAAUAAGCUGACGGACCUGUACUACCUGAGCGGAGGGGGCUUCGGCACCGUGUUCAAGGGGAAGCACUCCGACUGGAGGACCACUGUGGCCGUCAAGUGCCUGAAGCUCGACUCUCCUGUUAUAGAGAGAGAGAGGAACUGCCUGCUCAAGGAGGCGGAGGUGCUUCACAAAGCCAGGUUCAACUACAUCAUCCAGAUCUUUGGUAUCUGCAAUGAGCCCCGUAUCUUCUGCAUAGUCACAGAGUUCAUGAGCAAUGGAUCUCUGGACCGGUUGCUCCACGAGAAGGACACAUACCCUCUGCUGGCCUGGCCUUUGCGUCUGAGGAUUCUGUAUGAGAUUGCUCUGGGGGUUAACUUCCUUCACAACAUGAACCCACCCCUCGUACAUCAUGAUCUAAAGACGCAGAACAUACUGCUGGAUGGUGAAUUUCAUGUUAAGAUUGCAGACUUUGGCCUUUCAAAGUGGCGGCAGCUGUCUGUUAGUAGAGGCUCAGGGUCGAAGCCUGCUGAGGGCACAGUGAUCUACAUGCCCCCUGAGGAGUACGAACCAUCCAAGAGCCGUCGGGCUGACGUGAAGCAUGAUAUGUACAGCUAUGCCAUCAUUAUGUGGGAGGUGCUGUCCAGGCAGAUCCCAUUUAAAGAGGUGACCAAUGGCAUUCAGAUCAUGUUCAGCGUGCUGCGCGGGUUGCGUCCUGACACCAGCCUGGAGAGCCUGUCGGGAGACAUUCCCAGCAGAGAAACUCUUAUCAAUCUAAUGACGGCCGGCUGGAAUGCUAACCCAGAUGAACGGCCUUCCUUCCAAAUGUGUUUAAUUGAGCUGGAGCCCAUGGUGCGGGUGUUUGACGAAAUAGAAUUCCUGGAAGCUGUGCUACAGAUCAAAAAGUCAAAGCUAAGAUCAGGCUAUUAUUCAGCUCCAGCAGCCUGCCAGAAGAAGAGUGAUGAGGAAACUUCGAGCAUGCUGAAGGACAGACCCAACCAGUGGCCGGAGGCCUCCACGUCAGGCUCAGGGUCCUGUUCCUCCCAGGACACAGACAUAUCUCUACCAGGCGCACUCUCCAGCAGCAACGCUGCAUCCUCUAAACCUGUAGAUUGCCUUUCAUCGUUAUUCACGCCUCAUAGUCUGGAGUCUCCAGAGUCUUUGAAGGACUACUGCGUUGACAAUAAACUGAACGGCUGGCAGAAUGAUUUAAACAUACCCAACAAACCUGGCCUACCAACCCCUGAACAUGAAACAAAGCUGUUUAACCUCUCCCUCAAACCACAGCCUCAUCAACAAGCAGAUCACUCUCCUCCGCUGCAGCACUCUCCUCCUCUACAAGGCCCCAUCUCUCACUGGAUUGCAACACGACGUGAGGAAAUUAUCUCUCAGAUGACAGAGGCUUGUCUGAACCAGAGCUUGGACGCUCUGCUGUCUCACUCCAUGCUGAUGAAAGAGGAUUACGAACUGGUGAUUAACCAGCCCACACGCACCGCCAAGGUUCGCCGGCUUUUGGACACCUGUGACAAACACAAUGAAGACUUCUGCCGCAUCGUCGUCCGCAAGCUGCGUGACAACAAGCAGAUGGGCCUGCAGCCGUACCCGUCUGAAAUCGGCUCCCCCGCGGCGACACCCAGCGCACCGCCGCCAUCCAUGUCCUACAAUAUCCCCAGGAAAAUGUAGCGCCACACACAGCCAAGACUUCCACAUAAGACUGUGCCCACUUUACACUACAACUAACUCUUUCUGAUCCCAUGGUCAUCCAGACAGUUGCCACGGUUUAGACAGCCGGUUGAGCAACUAAAGUUACAGGUACAAAAACUGAAGUAUCUGAAGGAUCUUUAAUCGCAUCAACUUGAGAUUGAAGGUUUUAUUCUGUGUGGUUAGAAUAAAAAAAAAAAACUUUAACUGAAGCAGUGAUUAUUUUUUUAAUUUUAUGGACUUCAUGUGACAGUUUAUUUAUAGGCCCUUCCUUCUGAGUGAAAACAGGUUUUUCACUCUUUUUGGUCUCAAUGCUAUUACCUUUAUGUAGGCCUGUGUGAGAGUGUGUAUCAGUAUUUGCAGAAUGCAAACCUCAUUUAUUUGAUGUGAGUAAAGGACAGGAGGACUGUUAACUGGAAAACCUACAGUAUAAAUAAGGUUUACCCCUUUUCUAACAAUCUUAUCUUCAAGUAUCAUGUAUUUAUGGGUUCUGGUCCUGUUUACGGUGUGAGUGAAGUGAGUGUGUGUAGUGUUAUAUUGAAGCACAAGGUCUACAUAAAGUCUAUAUAAGUGUUACUUUAAAUAAGUGUUCUUGAACUUUAACAGCUUUGCAAAGUUAAGAGGAAGAGUUGGACUGAGUUGUGACCCAGUGGUUAGACUGUAUGGAAAGUUUUUCCUCCUCUUUUUAUUGCUGAGCUAAAGAGAGUGACACGUCACAAAGCAAAGAGGAAGUUGAGUGUGUAAUAUAACACCCAGAAAGAGGCGCAUGUGUGUGUGAUGGGUAAUUAAAAGAGGACCAAGACUAUCCGUGCUCUCGUUUCUUUCAGUC